AUGGGCAACAUUCCAGUUGGAGAUUACGCCGUCAGAUUUAAUAAUUUGAUCGGUUGUUUAAUCAGAGACCCACACUACAUUAACAUCGCUCAUAACUUUGAUGAACAACAAUGGAAUGGAAUAAAGAAGAUAUGGGAGAGGCUCAUGAAUCACUAUUGCCUUGAGGACAACCCGGACUCUUGGGAUUACGUAAUGAGUAGAGCGAGCAAGAUGCUUCGGGGGUGGAGGAGUAGACUUAAGAGUCAAUACUUUACAGAUAUAACCAUUGAUUGGAAGCGGAUUCAUCAGCUUGAUAAGAGGGUUCCUCCUUAUAAUUGGAUGACUCUCAUUAUCGAGUGGGAGGGCGAGAAGAAGGAUAAAUGUUCGAUAGCAUCGGCUAAUCGCGGUGCAAAGCUAUAUGAUCACUUUCUAGGAGCUACUCCCUACGCUCGGAUCGAGCAUAAAUAUUUGCGUGAAAAUCCGGACGCCUUGACUAUGCCGCCAACUCUUCUUGCUAGAAGUGCAUAUACACCACCCGAGGGCUAUGAUAAGGAGGGAAAGAUGACGAAAAUUAAGGAUAUGCAUCAAUCGACUUGGGAUGUUGUGCAGCGCCUCAGUGAUUGUCCAUACGCGUUGAAGGAGAUUCUUCCUGGAGUCGAUAUACUUAGAGAUGCUUCUAAGUUGGAGAAUGGAGGAGGGUAUUGUAGGGAGCAAGGCCGAGUAGGCGAUAGCGACGUUCUAUAUGCGACCGAUGCUGAUAACAGGGAUGCCGACGAUGAACGAGAGAGUGAGUGA